UUUAACAUAUUAAAUAAAUCAAUUUACUAAAAUGUUUGCAUUACCACCAAAUUCGACAAUGGGCACUGUAGUUCCGUGGUCAAGCACGAUGAUUGAUCGCAUAACAUUUGAUGAAAUGUCACAUAAAGACAAUGCUAUUGGCAUGAGAAAUCUGCCAGGUUUGGGGUUUGGUGGUAAUAAUAAUGGUAGUAUUUGUACGACAAAAACUGCUGUGGAUACAACUAAAGCAGAAGCGCCCACAACGGCAUCUUACUUCGCCACAACUUACUACCAUUUAACCGAUGACGAAUGUCACAGUGGUGUAAACCAACUAGGUGGUGUUUUUGUUGGAGGACGUCCCUUACCAGACUCUACAAGACAAAAAAUUGUUGAACUUGCUCACUCCGGAGCACGUCCAUGCGAUAUAUCGCGAAUACUUCAAGUAUCAAAUGGAUGCGUUAGUAAAAUAUUAGGAAGAUAUUACGAAACAGGGAGUAUAAGGCCUCGAGCUAUCGGAGGUUCAAAACCUCGCGUUGCAACUGCAGAAGUAGUAAACAAAAUUUCGCAGUACAAGCGUGAAUGCCCAAGCAUAUUUGCGUGGGAAAUUCGAGAUAAAUUACUCCAUGAUGAAGUUUGUACUAAUGAUAAUAUACCCAGUGUUUCAUCAAUUAAUCGGGUUUUACGAAAUUUAGCAGCACAAAAAGAGCAACAGCAACAAACGCCAUCGUCUAAAAAUAGAGAUUUAUUAAAUAGUUGCACAUCGACAUCAUCAAAUAUUUUAAAUAAUGCCUUAAUGCAAGGAACAUCUCAAAUAAAUUCAAUUGAAAGUAAUGGAUGUGAGUCUAAUAAUAUUCCUCAGUCUGCUCCUGUGUACGAUAAACUACGAAUAUUGAAAAAUCAUCAUCAACAACCACAGUUAAUGGCAUCACAUCAUACACAUCCAAUGCACUCAUUAGUAUCAAACCAAACGUCGACGAAUCAGUGUUGGCCACCACAUUCUCAUAACACAUCAUGGUACUCUCCGCCUCCAAGUGGUAAUGAUUCACCUAUUCCAACAGCUGUAUAUGGAAGCCAUUCAUCAAGCCCGCAUCACAAUUCAUGCAGAACAUCUCCAAAUGGUGGAGCUAAAAUUACUGGUGUCUUAAGUAAUUCUACAAUUAACUCCGAAGAAGUAAUACUUAAAAAAGACAUAAAGUCUUUUUUGUGUACUGCAAUGAUAAGGAUUGUCAAACAUAAUCAAGAGCGUGUUUAGUAAGUACUAUGUGACACAAAAGGUAGUUAAAAUCCUCAAAUAAAAACUGUCACGUGCCAUUGAAUUUGCUAUGUCGUGACAAGUAAAGAGAUAUACAUUUGACAUCGUAGAUAAAUGAGUCAACAUCUUACAUGUAACCUUAUUGCUUUUGCUGUGAUGUACACUCAGCCCAUAAAUACUAUUAGUAAUG